AUGUUCGCUUACCAGUUCAUCUCCUUCAUCUGCAUUUUAGGCACGCUCCUCGAUGUAGUCUUCGCAGCAACUUCGCUUUUAGGAAGGAAGUCUCCAACGUUAUACGUAGCCGGCGACUCAACAGCUGCAAGAGAUGAUGGAAACCCAGCGCUUCUAGGUUGGGGAGAGAAAAUAGGACAGUAUAUUAGUAUUCCCGUGGUGAAUGACGCUGUGUCAGGUGCUACAACUCGGACAUAUACCGAGCAGGGAUACUUCGCGGAGAUCGUCGACGCUGUCCAACCUCGCGAUCUGGUCAUCAUUGAAUUCGGACACAAUGAUAAUAGGUCCCUCGCUGAUAACCCGACCACCGGUGAUUGUCCAGGUGCUGAUUUAACAACGACAUGUAACAUAAACGGAACAAUUGUCUACACCUAUAACAAAUACAUGCAAGAUGCAAUAACAUCUCUCAAACAAAAACACGCGCUCGUCAUCAUCUCCUCCCAAACACCCGACAACCCAUACGCAAUCACGACGAACCCCGUCUUCGUAUCCUACGCCGCGGAACUCGCCCACACAAAUCACCUAAGCUACAUCGACCACUUCCAUCUUCUCCUGAAAGAAUACGAAGCACUGGGAGAGAACGCUACGAACGCACUUUUCCCACUAGAUCAAUACGUGCAUACAAGUCCCGAAGGUGCUGACAUCGCGGCUCAGGCAAUAAUCCGCGGCGCCCUCUGCGAUUCCGGAAAUCCGCUCUUCCCUUUUGUCACAAACACAUCCGUAGCGCCAAGACAGAGAUAA